GAAGAACAAACAACACACACAACAACCAACCAUCACGCCCUAACGGAGCAACGCCCCUGACGCAGUAGCACGCAAGCAAGCACGCAUGCAAGCAAGCAUACACACACAGCGCGGCGCAUCUGCUUUUAUUCCUUUUUCCUUUUGCCUUUUGCCUUUUUCCUUGCUCCAUACCAUACCAUUUCUUGUUGUUCUUGGUUGUCUCUUUUCUUGUAUAUCUGUGUUUUUACCUGUUUCUUUGUUGUUUCUACCUGUUUCUACCUGUCUCAUACCAACUAGCAUAAGCAUGCCGUUCCUGUGGGGCGGUUGGGCGUUCUUUUUUUGGGUGGGGGGGUUUUUUGGGUGGAGUUUUUUACUAUUAUACGCACGCACGCCUCUUUGCGGGGCUGGGGGGAGGAGGGUUUCUUUUGUUGUUUCUAUUGUUUCCUUUGUUGGGAAUGGGUCGGUGGAUGGGUGUGGCGUUGAAAAGGAAUUUUCUAGCUACACAUACCUACGGAGAGGAAGUGCUGGUGGUAGCUACAUUUAAACAUGAGUGGUGCAAAUGCAUCGCUUGAUUUGUCUAUCUGUUUACCUGGUGUUUGAUACCUGUCUCUCUGCGUGCGUGCGUGCCUGAACGUGGUCGUACGUGGUUUCGGCGUUUCGGCUCUUGGGCUUCUGGGCUUCAUGCUGGCUUGGCUUGGCUCGGCUCGGCUUAGCUGAUUGUGACUCUGUCUGAUUAAGUAGGAGUGGUG